CUCUUCUACAACUCCCACUCUGACCGACCGCCACAGCCGCUUCGCACUUGCGUGCAUGGAGCCGCUGCCGGCGUCGCUGGAGCUCCGCGCCACGCGCCACGCGGGCCGGGGCCUCUUCGCACGAAGAGGCUUUGCCGAGGGCGAGAGGACGCUCCAAGCGGCGCCGGUGAUGGUGGCGAUACGGAAGCAUGCCAAAGGGCUGCGGUGCCGGAAGUGUUUGAGCAGCAGCGAGGAGGACUGGCCCUACCAGUGUUCGAGCUGCGGCUCUACGUGGUGCUCUGACGCCUGCCGCCGCUCGGAUGGGCCCAAGCACGAAUUCGAGUGCGCCCUGUUGCAAGGCCUCGAGGAGCAGAAGAAGGUCUCAGCCGAGGUUCGGGACAACGUGGCCUUGUUGAUCUCUCUACAUGCUUUUGCGGCCUCAGCCACUACUCUCGAGGUGAUGGGCGAAGACCAGCUGACAAAGCGAGAUCGAGCAUCACCCAUGCUGGGUUUGCCAGAUUGGGACCUCAUGCAGGAAGGGAACCGCUGCGGCGUCCCGGCGCCAAGCGCCGGCAGCGCCUCCGCCGCGACGCGCUGCAGCUCUACGCGCGCCUCGGCGGCGCAGCGACGCUGCCGGCGGCGACGCUGCGGCCGGCGGAGCUCGACGCGGCGCUGGCGGCCAUGCCGCUGAAUGCAUUCGGGCUUUGGGAGCGAGGGGAAGAAGAUGGACACUGUUUGGUUCCCUUGGCGUCCAUGAUGAACCACAGCUGCGUCCCAAAUUGUCGAUAUCAAGUCGAGUCGCCUGGAUGAACGAUCCUCGCGCUCGAAGCGCGCUCGAAGCGCGCGCGCAAAGAUCGCGCGAAGAUUGCCGUUGGUACAGAGAUGGAACACGUUGCUUGGGGUUGGGGGCCCGUUGGAGGUGUGCAACCUCCUGAUGGCCAGCCAGAUAUCAAGUAGGACUUUGUGUUUUCCUUGUCAAAAGAUUGUCCAGGGGACAAAAGGGAAGACCCACUGGGAAAUUGAUGCAUACUGGCUGCCUCCAAGGGUACUUGGCCCUGAUGCACCAUGAUGACUACUUGGAGCCCCAUCCCCAUCCUUUUUGAAUUACACUGUGACUGACUCACCAGAACACCCCAAGUUUCUAGAGGAAAGCAGUCUUCCAAGGGAUCAGUUUACACUUCCAUAUUAGUGAGUCAGAGUGUAGGGUUCAAGGAGGUCGAAGUCUUUUGUAAAAUGUGUUGUGGAAGCCGACCCCUACCGGGUGUCAAGUCAUAAAGAGUGCAAUUGCUUAUGCGCGAAGGCUCUGGUGGAGACCAUGCAAUUGCUUGCUGGUUCAAGAUUGUUUCUCCAAAAAAGAGAGUUGAAAGACUGAUCCAUCUAUUGACAUUUGCAUAAAUGAAAGGAGACUGACACUGCUUCCUUCGAGAACACGGUCUCUUGAGGUGCUUUUGAGCUUCCUUGGCUUUUGACUGAAGUCAACACUGGCAAUCUGUAUAGAUUGCGGAUUGUCCAUGUAAUUUUGUCUGGACCGAACACCCAAACUAUGUGCCUACCACCCUGGGUGUGAAGAUAUUUUGUCUCUAAAACCAGCACACAAACGUCAUCGGGGCUCGUCCAGGUGUCACAGGUUUGACCAAUCCACGAAGCCUUCCUCGCACCGCUGGAGUCACAAGGAAGGUGACAAGAAGAGCACGCGAGAAGCACAUGGAGCACGAGAAGACUCUCACAGCUGUUGAAAAGAAGAGCACAUGGAGCUGCACACGAGAAGGUGCAAGCUGCACACGCCGAGAAGGUGCAUCGGCCCCACGAAAGUUCAACGAAAAUUACGAGGGACUUCAGGUUCUUCACGCUAUCAAGUGCAAACACAAGCCAUCCCAAGUGGUGCGAGCAGUUCCCCCAAACACCAAGAGCAACCCAAGAGUCAUCAACAAAUUCUUUAAGAGGUUGAUCCAGCUGUAAUAUAAGCUCUUGAUUCACAAGACCACCACAGACAUGGAUUGACAAAACUCUUCAGGCCUGGAGAGGUUGAAGUGUCUAGAUUUAUCAAGAGUCUAUAUGAGCAACUGCCAAGACCUCCGAUGAAGGCAGCAUCACUACAGUGAAGACUAAGUAAGUAAAGUGAAGGAAACC